AUGACGCUUCGAUUACAACCAGUCAACAAUGAUAUCAAAGGCCGAUUGGCUUUGGUGACUGGCUCAAGUGGCGGAAUAGGUUCCACUGUAGCCAGAGCCCUUGCUUCGGAAGGUUGCGACAUCGCCAUUCAUUAUUCUUCCAACAAAGAUAAGGCAGACAACCUCGCACAAGAACUGAGCAAGACAUACCCAUCACAGUUGUUUGUGACAGUAAAAGCAGAUCUUUCCCAAAGGGAGUCGACAAGAUCCCUUGUGCCAAAUUUGCUCAGUCAAGACGCUGUAUCAUCCAAGCAUCACGCAGUAUCGAUUUUGGUGGCAAACGCAGGGCUGGGACGGCGAAUCCGAGAUGUAUCAGAUAUACGAGAAGACGAUUGGGAUGAGAUGAUGGAGAUCAACAGUCGAAGCCAGUUUGUGGUUACGAAGGGUUGUAUCGAAGGAAUGAGGAAGCAAGGAUGGGGACGUGUGAUUCUGGUUGGAAGUAUUGCAGCUCGUGGGAGUGGACUCAAUGGAUGUCAUUAUGCGGCGUCUAAAGGAGCCCUCAGUAAACAUAAGCUGACUAUCCAGGUUUCUCCAGCCAUGAUCGGUUCCACAGGGAUGAUUCCUCCUCCCAAAUCUGAGACAUGGGAUAAAGGGUGUGAUUUGGAGGGCCUCAAAGAAACGGACCCAGGGUUGGCCAUUGCAACGUCGGUUCCGAUCCAUCGACUAGGGUGUCCCGAUGAAGUUUGCAAUGUGAUAAUCAUUGAUUCUACUGGCAUACCUGGAGACCCGCCAUGUCGUCGUUGCAUCGAAAAACACCAAGAAUGUGUUCUCGCCACUUCACGCCGAGGCGGACGUCGCAUCAAAGGCCAGCGUCUAAGUCACCAUCGGCCAUCCAAUGGAUCCCACAAAACGCCGGAAAACGGAACGAUUAGGCAGAUGGACACGUCCUCGCGCGCCCAUGCUGAAAGAUCUCGAGACACGGAAGAGCCAAGUGAAUGGCUGUCUUCGCACCUUGGAUCAGAUUCGAAUGACGAAGAAGAGGAGGAGGGACGUGACGCUGUGCAGCUGCAGGGCCACUUUACAUCUUCGGAUCUUCUCAAUCCCUCCGACGCCCUUGAUCUGUUGGCCCAUGUCGCCGAUAUGGAACCUGAGAGUCACAAUCGCAACCAACCCCAAGAGGCGGUUAGACAGGCCGAAGGUCCAGGGCGCGUUGCAGGCGCAUCUCAGGGCGUUUGUAACUACCCACCUAUAGAAUCGGGGUCCCUCACACUUUCAGAGGCAUCAUUUCUCAUUGAGCAAUACCAUGACAAUUUUCACAUUUUCUUCCCCAUCGCCUACAGUGCCAUUUUCGACUAUACUCACCUCCUCGAAUCAAUAGAGAAAGAGCAGUAUCUCAUCACAGCUAUCUUGACCGUGGCUACCAAGGAUGACCCCUCUUGGUCUAAAGCGCACACUGCGUGCGCCAGAUAUAUGGAGAGUCAAAUCUCAAAAUUGAUAUAUACCGGCUCAACAACCGUCGGUGCAGUUGAAGCACUGCUGAUACUUGCCGAAUGGGCUCCUCAGCCACUCGAGGAAGAUCUCAUGAUUGGUUGCGGAAAAGAGGAUCAAGGCUCGUGGAUGCUUGUGGGCGUUGCUAUCCGUCUCGCAUAUCUUCAAAACUUGGAACAAACUGGACUGACACAGCGGGAUGGAGAUAAAACUGAAGAAUUGAGUAGGAAACGGAUAGCUUGGGCAGCUUGCUAUAUGAGUGAUCGUCAAGUGUCGAUCCGCCUUGGCAAAGGAUUCUGGUCUCGUGGCCCAGGUCCAUCCAUCAAUCUGCGAGCUGCCGACUUCCCGUAUCUUCAAACACAAACUUUAGGCAAUGAUAACUUAGCUCUGCUUUUCCAGGCUCACCUUGAGAUGACUCAACUUUUCAGCAAUGCUCACGAUAUUCUGUACUCGUCAACCAGUCACAGGGAGCAACUGUAUACAGGAGGCGAGUACGUCCGAUACAUAGAUGACUUCUCCGCCGUUCUUCGCAGGUGGAAACUAUCAUGGGGUGGACUCAGCUUCAUCCCUUGUGUCAAGGCGUCUCUGAUGCUGUCUUAUGAUUUUCUUCGUCUCUAUAUCAAUGCCUUCGCUUUCCAGGCCAAUCUUAACCGCAUUGUUCGUCGUCAAAGGAAAAGACCAGCGGGCCCUCUGUUUUCAGAACUUGCUGCCGCACCGGAUGCGAGAUUCAUCUAUGAGUCGAUCGACGCGGCUAAUUCGAUACUUUGCACUAUCAACAGUUUUAUUGAUCCGGUCAAAGUUUUCAAAUACAUGCCUCUGAAAUUCUAUCUCUAUGUCAUUUAUGCCGCCGUGUUUCUAUUCAAGGCCAUUUUUGCUGGAGCCAUCAAACCCUCAGAGGCACGCGGUGUUCGUCGAGCUAUAUACGAAACCAUAUCCCGUCUACAGAAAACUUCGGACAAUCAACAGGGUCUCGGUCAACGCUACGCUCGAUCUCUCAAGCUUCUGUGGUUGAAGAUGUUAGGAAAAUCAAGAUCGCAAGCUGCAAGGGCUGAGGAACCCUCUGAUUCUAUUGUCGCGAUCAACCGAGCAGCCCACCAAGGUCCAAUGGAUCAAAACCAGCCAACACCAAGUUCUGAUCCUUUCAACAGCUUCUCAUGGAAGGAUCUCCACUCCUUGGGGGAGUUUAUAUCUAACGAAGAAACAUCCCUUUUCAAUGAAAAUUUCAUCAUCAGCCCGGAGCAAGACUCAAUACAGGGGAUCGAGGGACCUGAUCAUAUGGGUGGCAAUUUCUUUUAUGCUGGAUCCCUGGGGGGGAACGAUAUCAUAUUCUGA